AUGGAAGCAGACACAUCACACAUAAUACCACCACCAGUUUUUGAUGGUGAGGAGUACGACCUAUGGGCUGCAAGGAUGACUACCCAUCUUGAAGCACUAGAUCUUUGGGAACCGAUAGAAGAAGACUAUGCAGUUCAUCCACUGCUUGAAAAUCCUACAGUGGCUCAGCUGAAGAAUCACAAAGAGAGGAAGACAAGAAAGGCCAAGGCUAAAGCAUGUCUUUUCUCUUCGGUUUCAAAAAUCAUAUUUACGAGAAUUAUGAAUUUGAAUUCCGCGAAGGACAUUUGGAACUACCUCAAAUCAGAGUAUCAGGGUAGUGAGCAAACCAAAGGUAUGAAGGCACUUAACUUGGCUAGAGAGUUCGAGAUGCAGAGCAUGAAGGAGACAGAAACUAUUAAAAGUUAUGCUAACAAAUUGUUGAGCAUUGCAAACAAGGUACGUCUCCUCGGUAAGGAUUUUUCUGACGAAAGGAUAGUGCAAAAAAUACUUGUUACUGUACCUGAAAAGUAUGAAUCCAAAAUAUUAGCAUUAGAGGAGUCAAAAGACUUGUCAAAUAUCACCCUUGGAGAAUUGGUAAAUGCUUUACAGGCACAGGAACAGAGGAGAAUGAUGAGACAUGAGGAGGCAGUACAAGGUGUUUUUCAUAUAAAAGCAUAA